UCCUUUAUCUAUGCAAGUAGGCAAUGUAGGCAUAAUUCUGAAUAGUAUCAUAGAUAAGAAGAUGAAUAGUAUUUUGUUUUGUCUGAAAGUUUCAUCAGGUUUCAUAGGAUAAAUAAUUAAUAAGUAAACAGACACACACACACACACACACCAGGGUUUCUAUGCAUCUUUAUUCCGCCGAAGUCUAGUUAAAAUGGUGAUAAUUACUUUACAAAUUAGUGCCAACUUGGAACAAAUUGAAGAAUUGUAUACAAAUCAUCCUGAUUAUGUAUUUUUAUUGAAACUUAAAUGUCUGAACUGUGGAGAAUGCUCUGAUAGAUGGCAUGAUGUAAUUGAAUCGAAAACAUUUCCAUCUAAAACUGGUAAAUCAGAUUCGCAUUAUUUGGAAAAAUGUAAACUUUGCGGCAGGGAAAAUAGGCUUUCAAUUAUAGAAGGAACAAAUGAGAAAUAUACCAAUGAAGAUCAAGGAAACUUCAAAUCUAUAAUAAAUUUUGAUUGCCGUGGAAUUGAACCUAUAGAAUUCAGUCCCACAGAUGGAUGGAUUGCAAAAAUAGAAGAUAGUGGUAACAUUUUUGAAGGCAUAGAUUUGACUGAAAAAGAAUGGGUUGAAUAUGAUGAAAAAAUAAACCAGUCUGUUGGCAUUUAUGAUUUUCAAUAUAAAUUCAUUAAAAUCAAAUGAGCUUCGAAGAAUAUCAUUUUAAAUUUUUUUGCCCACUUAUUUAAGGAUUUAUAUUGUUUUUCAUAUCACAUAUAGGUAAUAAUGUUUUAUACCUCAGUGAUCUAAUAAAUUUAUUUACUGAAAUAAACUCCAUUGUUAUUUAUUGAUUGAUAAUAUUAAAUUAUUUAUAAGAUCUUCAGAAGAAAUAUUCUUAGGAAAAAAAUUCAUAGUUGUUUAGAUGUGAAUAUAUAUUCUCAAUGUACUAUACACCAUUCUUUUUGAAUUUAUUAUUUGUCAGUAUAUAAUGAGCCAUUAAGAAAUGAAAUAUUUCUAUUAUUAGUAUUAUUAAUAAAUCAUAUCAAAUUGA